ACGCCAUUGUCGGAACAAAUUAUUAUGUCUGCAAUUUGUGUUAAAUGGUAAAAGGUACAAUUGUACAUGAUAAAUAGAAAAAUAAUUAAAAAUUAAGUAGGUAAUAAAAAUACUAUUUUUUGUAUACCUACGUUUUAUUGUAUUGCGACGACUAAUUUUACAGAUGUAUGGCGCGUUUGUACCUGUUGCACGUGCACAAACUCCACAUACUCGAAUCUCCCCCAAUACAGCCUUUGGAUCGGAAAUCUGUGGGCCUCAAAUGUAACGAUGCUCUCGACGGAGUCAUAACCUUACCGUCGGGACGAACCCUUCGCAAACUGGACCAUGCUCCUCCGAUGAACCGGCGCACGUGGGAAGCUCCUCCGAGGGCAGACAGGCUCAGCGGCGGCAUUCCCAGCGGAACUCUGAGCGACAGACACAUUGUAGCGGAGACAAUGUACAUAAUGAAACCAAUUGUUCACUUGGGCAGUAUGUGCGUGUUCGGAGAGAAAUCAUGGAAACCUUGGUUGAUUUCCAUAACAAUUGAAUACAUUAGCCUGCAGCGAUUAAAAUCCUUCAAAAAUCUCACUCCUCAGCAACGUUUGGUAUUGUCAAAACGAUCACUAAAUUUGGUAAUGUAUUUAGUGAGAUCACCAUUCUUCGAGAACUAUUCAGAAAAACAUAUCCGAUUGUAUUCUUACACUGUAUUCGGUGUAAUGGCCAAUGGCGUUCAAAACAUAAAAUGUCCAGCGGCCAUCUUGAAUCUCAAAAUACUUGUGCAAGAACCACUUUAA